AUGAAAACUCGAAUUUUGUUCACAUUUCUUGUCUCAUUUUGUUCUUCGUGUCCACAUAAUUGGUAUGAGUUCCCGAGUGAUGAUGUUUGUGUCUAUAUCAUAAAGAAAUCUCAAAACUACACGAACGCCGUCACCACUUGUGCCCAACUGAACAGCACUGUAGUGAAAAUCACGAACAUCUUUGAGAAUUCUUAUAUCGGAGCCUUGCUUUCAGGAUUAAAUGAUCAGUUUCCAUUUAUUGGUGUUGAGCGAAAGUCUAAUGGAACUUGGGUUUAUCAAGAUGCAAGUCCACUUAUCUACACAAAUUGGGCUCCAGGUGAACCAAGUUUAAAUUCCUCGUUGAAUUGUGUAUAUCUUGGUAAUUCAACUCUUCAAUGGUAUGCUACCGAUUGUUCGACUGAGAGACCAUCAUUUUGUUCUGCAAACGAAAUGCCCAAUCAUCAAUGCCUUGAUGGAUGGAUCUACUCGAACGAAACGGAUUAUUGCUAUUAUUUAGAAAAUUUUUCAUAUCCCGAUAAUAUUCAUUGGCAAUUCUAUGAUCAAUCGGAAGCGGAAGCGAACUGUCAAAAGAAGGACAGAGAUUCCCAUUUAGUUUCAAUUCAUUCCGAUGCCGAGAACAAGUUUAUUUAUGAUCUUGUCUAUUCAAAUGUGGCCAAUCUAACGCAUGCCGUUUUUGAUCCAUGUUCUCAUCAAUGGGCUUUCAUUGGGUAUUCGGGAUUUGGUUUCCCUGGAAAUGGAUCAUGGACUGAUGGGUCACCGGUUGAUUUCAUCGACUCACAACCCACACCGAUAUUGGCCAACUAUGUGAUCUCUAACGAUCCCUCAUGUCGGCUUCAUCAAUGGUCAGCUAUUGGCCCAGAUUGGGCCUAUCCACGAUAUGUUUGCAAAAUGCCCUCAUCAAGACAAAACAUGAAA